AUGCCGCUCAUCAACGGCCAGAAGAUGGCCUGCGAGCCGUGCAUCCGAGGCCAUCGCUCCACCAAAUGCACGCACGCCAGUGAGCGGCUCAUGGUCCCCGUGCGCAAGCCCGGACGACCUCUCAGCUCAUGUCCGCAUCCCUCCGCGCAGCCCUGCGGCUGCGCUGCCGUCACGGCUGCCUUUCCCAGGAAACAAAAGUGCCGCCGCUGCGAGACUUCGGACAAGCCGUCCGGCUGCAAGCCUGGAGGUCAGGAGGACAAGGAGACCUCCAACGGGCUGGUGACGCCUCCGAGCCCGUCCCAAAAAGCACCCGCGCCAAAGACGACAUAUCGCAUUCAGAAGACGAGCUCCAAGAAUGGAACCGGCAAAAAGCAGAUUGACCUCUCAGGACUGGAGAGGAUGGAUGCGAGCCAGCUAAACAUACUCUCUUCUCCCGAGUCGAAACCUUCACCUUCGCAGCUGUCCAACGGCACCGUGCCCACGACACCCGCCGCUCCUCUCCCGGGCCAAGGGAUGAUGGGGUUCAUCUCUAAUGGUCGCUCUUUCAGCCUUGGCCCGGCCAUGUUUCCUUUACAAUCGGGAUUGGAAUGUUUACUUCCCGUCAAUGGCCACAUCGACUCCGAGUCCCUUCGUCCGAACGAGUCGAACGCAGGUCCCGCCGCCGGAAGUUGCUGUGGCGGCGGGAACUCGAACUUUCCUCCCACGCAUGCACAGAGUCUCGCAAAUGCCGACUCAUCUGGCACAGAGAUUAAGCCGCGCGGAAGCAUAUCAACACCAGGAGUUGGCCCUCCGGUUAAUGGUCUGAUAAUGCCUCAGUUCAAUGCACAGAUGAACAUGCCAAAUGUCCCGCUUCCCUACUUUGCCCAACCCGGCGUAUUCGCAUACCCGCCGCAGUAUGGCUCCUUUCAACAGCCCCUGCAGCCGGAUCAAUGGAGACAGCUGAUGGCGACGAUGCACUUUACGCACCCGAUGACGAAUAUGCAAGACGCGCCGUAUGAUGAGACGGCCCAAGUACAGUUUCCGCAAAACAACGGCCUAGAGGCGCCCUGGACGUCUCACCAGUGCGGCUGCGGGGACUCGUGCGAGUGCAUUGGUUGUGCCACACACCCGUACAACCAGGCCACGCAAGAUUACGUCCGAUCUGCCUGGAACAGCAUGCAAGAGGAUGCUCCCAAGGGUCACAGGCACUCUGACAGCACUCAUAGCCCCCUCAUCGGUAACAACGGGACGCCCACGCCUGCAAACCAGUCGCCCAACGGCGGCUCGACGCCCACCGGGGGCCAGGUGGAAGGCCUCGUGUCACCCACAAUGGCGCAGACGCCGUCAGAGAGCAACUCGGUUCUGGGGGAAGAGGCAGCUUUGUCGGCGAGCGACUUUUUCUUUGUGAGCUACCCUUUUGGCGACUUAUGUGAAGGAGAGAAGGCCAAAUGUCCCUGCGGAGACGACUGUUCGUGUAUCGGCUGUUCGAUACACAACAUCUCCCCGGCUCCGGCCGAGUUUGGAAGUACCUGA